GUCCGUGUUUUCUUCGCGAUAGCUUAGUUGACGAAGUAGUAGGUGGCGUGGUUGGACUCCGGAAGGGAUCGACCCGUGGGCAGUUCUUUGGCCGAAAUGUUUCCUCCCCGCCUCUGGCCAGAUCUUGCAACGGUCCAGGAACAGUGUUCAUCGAAGAGCUGCUGGAACUGGAUUUCAUCUCUCUCUCUUUCUCUCUCUCUGGGUUGAGCUCAUUAUAUAAGAUGUGCUAUUGAGCUUUUCUUUUUUCAUCGUGGUCGAUUUCCUGGGGGUUUUUUCUUUUUCGAUUUGUUUACUCUGUGACGGCACACCGCAACGUUGCGAUGGCAGCUCCUGCAACCAAGACUGCGCCCCCUCGUCGUGGAAAAGAGACUGUGCUUUCGCGGCGCUACAUUGAGGGACUCAUAUCUGAUGGAAGGCUGGUACUCAUAUACGAUGGUCGGGUUCUGAAGGUGGACGCUUGGGUGAAGUACCAUCCAGGAGGUGAUAAGUCCAUCCAGCACAUGGUGGGAAGGGAUGCUACAGAUGAGAUUACUGCGUUGCAUUCGAAAGAGGCGCGUCAGCGAAUGCUGGCCUUUCAAAUCGGUCGAAUCGAAGGCCUUUGGUCCAACUUCCUCCCCCCUAUCCAAGGAGGAAAAUUCCGUCCCUAUGAUGAGAAAACGUGUGCGAUAGAAGAGGAAGAAGACAGCUCGAGCCAGGAUAACUCGGCUCCUCCUUCUCCGAUCUUUGAUGCGAUAGAUGCGAAACCCGCCCUGCGUCGGAGGAAGUCGAACACGUCGACGAACACAUCAGUCUCGACCUCCCCAUGCCCUCCGGAAGAAUCCGAGUCGAAGCCCUUUUUCUUCCUUGAUGCGAGAACCCGCGAGCAAAUUGAGCUUGAUACCGCCAAAUACCCGUCGCUGGACGCAGCCAGCCAAGAGAACAUCCGCCAGAAGUACCGGGAGUUGAAUAAGCGCAUUCGUGAGGAGGGCCUCUACCAAUGCAACUACUUUAGCUACUUUAUUGAAUGUUGUCGAUACACGCUUUUUGCUUCCUUGUCAUACAUCUUCCUCCGAAUGGGGUGGUUCUCCGUCUCUGGAUUUUUCUUGGGUUGUUUCUGGCACCAACUUGUCUUCAGUGCCCAUGAUGCUGGUCAUAUGGGCAUCACACACCAUUUCCACGUGGACUCAGUGAUAGGGAUCAUCAUCGCCGAUUACUUGGGCGGGUUAAGUCUGGGAUGGUGGAAACGCAACCAUAAUGUGCAUCACAUCGUGACGAACGCGCCAGAACACGACCCUGACAUCGAACAUAUGCCGUUCUUCGCUAUUUCUCAUCGCUUUCUCCACAGCCUUCGCAGCACUUACUACGAUCGAAUCAUGGCCUUUGAUGCGGCGGCCCAGUUCAUGCUCAAGUACCAGAACUACCUGUAUUACCCAAUCUUGUUGUUUGGCCGAUUCAACCUCUACCGUCUUAGCUGGGAGUACCUUCUCGGUGGACAGGCGCCUAGGAAGGGCCCUGCUUGGUGGCAUCGGUGGUUCGAGCUGGGCGGACAGGUUUUCUUCUGGUACUGGUUUGGGUACUGGGUGCUCUACCGCUCUAUCCCGACAUGGGGCAGCCGGUUCAGUUUCAUCAUGAUCUCGCAUAUGGUCACCGCGCCGCUCCAUCUGCAGAUUACGCUCUCCCACUUUGCCAUGUCUACAGCUGACCUGGGGAUCCACGAGUCCUUCCCGCAGAAGAUGCUCCGCACCACCAUGGAUGUUGACUGCCCGACUUGGCUCGACUUUUUCCACGGUGGUCUGCAGUUCCAGGCCAUCCAUCACUUAUACCCCCGCAUCCCGCGGCAUAAUCUGCGCCGCACGCAGAGGUUGGUGAUGGAGUUCUGUCAGGAAACGGGUAUUCCAUAUGCCGUGUUCACCUUCUACGACGGGAACAAGGAGGUCAUCGGGCGGCUAGGCGAUGUUGCCAAGCAGGUUCGUAUCUUGGAAGAGUGUAGGAAGUCAUAUGCGGAGCAGGGUAUCUUUUCAGACCACCAUCAUUGAUCGUGUCAGCAAACACUGUGACAUUCUCUUAUACAGUAGGUGGAUAUAUAGAG